AUGGUUUCAGAUCGUCUCUUCAGGCCGCUCAAGGUCGGCAAUGUCGAGUUGCAGCAUCGUCUCGUAAUGGCUCCGCUCACCCGUUUUAGGGCGGACGCUGAACGCAACGUCCACCCCGAUGCUGCUGAAUACUACACACAGCGUGCAUCUAUUCCAGGAACUUUGAUCAUCACAGAAGCUGUAUUCAUCAGUGUACAAGCGGGAGGAUACAAAAAGAUCCCCGGCAUCUUCACCGAUGCUCAUGUUGAAGGUUGGAAGAAGAUCGUAGACAGUGUCCAUUCAAAGGGUUCGACAAUAUUCAUGCAACUCUGGCACCUAGGACGUGUUGCUCAAGCCAAAGUCUUGAAAGAAGAAGGUGGCUACUCUGUCGUUGGACCGAGUCCCAUUUCUGUCGAUUCCAGUGAGACCUCUGCCGGUGCUGCGACUGUUGUUCCAGUAGAGAUGAGCAUAUCAGAAGUGGAGGCGACCGUCAGGGACUAUGCGAACGCCACACGGAACGCUAUCAGAGCUGGAUUUGAUGGCGUCGAAAUCCAUGGUGCAAAUGGGUAUCUUAUCGAUCAGUUCUUCCAGGACGUUUCCAACCAGCGAUCUGACCGAUAUGGUGGCUCGAUCGAAAAUCGCGCACGUUUCGGCUUGGAGGUUGCGAAAGCCUGUAUAGAAGCGGCCGGGGACAGCAAGAAGAUCGGCUUCAGAUUGUCUCCAUAUGGACAGUUCCAGGGCAUGGGCAUGGAGGAUCCUCUACCACAAUUCACAUAUAUUGUCAACGAGCUCAAGAAGCUGGAUCUGGCCUAUCUGCACCUUAUAGAAAGCAGAGAAUCGGGAUCCGCCGCCGAUGGAGUAUACAAAGCCGUUGGAACUAACGAGCUCAUUCCUUUGAUAGAAACAUGGGGAACAGAAACCCCGAUAAUUCUCGCUGGAGGUUUCACACCAGAGAAGGCUGAAUGGGCUGUCAACGAAGUUGCAACGGCAGACAACGUCUUGAUCGCCUUUGGUCGCUACUUCAUCAGCACUCCAGACUUGGCCUACAGAGUACAGCAUGGUCUGCCACUGAACAAAUGGGAUCGAAAGACGUUUUACGCGCCCGGGCCAGAGGGCUACAUCGAUUAUCCUUUCAGCAAAGAGUUCUUAUCUAGGGAAAGUCGGCUCUAA